AUGCUGCAGCUGCACUUUGCAACAUCGCCAUCCAUGCAACGAUUCAAUCCAGACACCAGAAGAGGCGUUAAACAAGCAUACGAGCGGGCUGGUUCAGCAGCGAACAACCUCCAUCCAUCACGAACUAACAACACGACCACAGCCACAGUCGCUACCACAACAUCCACAACUUCUCGCUCCAACUACCUGCAACUACUCAAGCACAAAAACAGCGCCAUAAAUAAUUUCAACAAUGAUAAUAACCAUAGACUAAAAAUAGAUUACAGCAGUUUUCGGCUCAUCAUCAAAUCCCACGAUGCUCAUUGGUCAGAAUCGCUUAAUGCCCAGGCAGAUGAUUGGUUGGCCUUGAACAAUUCAAAAUUUAAAUGUUUGAAAAUUAGCCAAUCAGAAAAGCGAGCCGACAUGAGGUCAUCGACUUAUAUUAUGACGCAAGCAAAUACAAGAUGCACAAGUUCGUUCAGAUGUUUAAAGUUCCACAAAGAGGAGACGGACGAUGUUGUGCUCAUGCAGAUAGCAUUAAACGACUACAUUUGUCGGCUCUUAUCCAAGGCUUCAAUCCCAGUUCUCAAGGAACCAUCCGGCAUUUCUGCGCAUGAUGGUAGGCGCCCGGACGGAUGCCCACUAAUACCUUGGAGAGCCGGUAGAUGUUUGGCGUGGGAUGUUACGGUCCCUGGCACCCUUGCCGAACGAUACGAAAACCUGACAAGUAAAAAAUGCGGUUUGGCCACGGCCAGGGCAGCGGACGAGAAAAUGAAAAAAUAUUGGAACGCCCUCCCCUCGAUGGAAUUCUUGCUAAUAUGUAUCGAGGUUCUCGGCCCGAUGGACCCCAACACCCUUAAAUUUCUUAAGGCAAUAUGUAAAAUGAUUAGCGUCAGAUCAGGCGACAGCAGGGAACUGUUUUUUGCAACUAACCACAUUUCGUGCUUGUUGCAGCGCUUCCUGCGUGUCUGUGUGCUUGAAAAUAUCCAACUGAAUGCCGACAUGUGCAAUUAA